CUGUGGAUAAACAAAAGGAAGAUACUAUCUCCACGCUGCUCCUUGCCUGUGUCUCACAGCUCUCCAUGCAGAGGGGGCAUAUUUAGGGUGUUAGGGCAGGACAGACAGACAGACACUGCAAGAGGAAUGAUGCUUGAAUCCAUCCGUGUCACUGAAAAGCUUCACUGGCCUGAGCAAGAGCUCUCUAAAAAGUCAGUCUUAAAUCCAGAAGAACAUAAGCUGACCAUUCAGAAUGAAAGCAGUCUUCAGCACCAGUCCUCUGGAAUCCUUAAGGAUAUUUUCACAACAGGAACCAGUAGCUACAAUGUCCUUCUGCAAAGCAAAGAGGAGAAAAAACACCACUCUCGAAAGCUGUCAUCUGCCUACCACAAGAGGCACAGAAAUUCCACCAAGUCUUCUACUACCUCGCGAAGCAACGAGCACCGCAAGAUCAAAGUCCCACUGCCUUUGCUCAGCAGUGGCUGGUAUUGCAUGAACAGGCAGCCAUCCAUCUUUAUCGCUAGCCCAGUGUCUAGCAGUGCAAAGUUUACACACAGUAUUUCUGUUGCCGGGAACAGCAUAGGACUGCCACCUCGACCCAAAAGCAAGGCUAAGAGACAUUAUUUUUCUAGUCUAACAAAGCCAAAGCAGCCUCAAUUGUCAAAAAGCCAUGGUAAAGAGGUAGAUGUCUCUGGCCGAAAACUCUGUAUACUAACUGCCAUCAAGCCUUCCAAUGUGGAAAAAGAGAAGAUUAAAUUCUUCAAGUCCGAUUUUACCUAUAAUCCUCAAUUUGAAUAUGCAAAUCCUGCGUUGCCAAAUGUGUUAGCUAAGCACAGCCAAGCAUCCAACAAGUUUCUUAAACAGUCUGUCAAUAUUAUGGAACGGACAUUGCAGAAAUAUGGAAGCUAUGAAAAGUUUGAGCAGGCUACUGGAGGCAGCCUGCUACCAAAAAGUCGCAUUUGGAAUCAUGUCAGGAAAUACAUGGUGAAAGAAGGCUGCCUUGGUGAGAUUGUAGUUCAUCUCACUGAGGACCUGCUUUCUCGUGCCUCAAUGACAGUGGUGAAUGGCCGCCCAACUCUGACUAUCAAUGUUUCCACUGCACGUGAGCACUGGCUAGAAGGGAUGCUGAGGCACGAAAUAGGAACUCAUUAUUUUCGAGGUAUUAACAACAACAGCCAGCCUUGGUGCAAUUGGAAUGGACGUAAAAAGCUUGGGUUAAAGCCAAUCAACCCUACCGAGGAAGGCCUGGCGAGUAUUCACAGUGUCCUGUUCCGAAAAGACCCCUUUCUAUGGAGGGCUGCCCUUCUCUACUACACUGUCUAUCAAGCUAGCCAAAUGUCCUUCAGUCAACUCUUCCAGGAUGUGGGGAGAUUUGUCAAGGACCCCAACACUAGGUGGGAUUACUGUGUACGAGCCAAGAGGGGGUGGACUGAUACUUCCCAGCCAGGCUGCUUCAGUAAGGAUCAGGUAUACUUGGAUGGCAUCCUCCAAAUCCUAAGAUACAGGGAGUCUAUCGAUUUCCACUUGCUGAUGGCUCUUGGAAAGGUCUCUUACGAGGAAGUGGAUCGCUUGAAGGAAUUUGCGGUGAUUGAGAACAUGAGAGUACCACACUUCUUGCAGGACCAUGUCAGAUACAUGGAACACUUGGAAAAGAUCAUGGAGGUGAAUGAGCUGACUGACCAAGAGCUCCAGGAUCUCAUAGUGUAACAGUCAGUCAGUCUCUUUUACCGGAAAUCUGUUCUGUAUGCAGCCGAUUAUACAGAACUGGACUUCACCACAGCUUGCAAAAUUAGAAUGUUUUGUUUUCUGGCAAAAAUCUAGACUAUUUAGAUUUGUUAAUUUUUUUUUAAAAAAAGAAAAAA